GAAUAUUGAGCAACAAUUAGAGCGAUUAUUUGGAGCCUAACACCCUUUGUUUUCCACUUCUUAAACAUCUCACUCAAAUCCAAUAUCAUUUUUAUUCUAACAAUUCACAUCCAAUUCCUCUUGUUAAUUUCAUCAACAACAUUUUAAUUAGUUAACUAAAGAUUAUUAUGGCUUCAAGAGAAGAGUGUGAGCGCAUUUUCAAGCGCUUUGAUGUGAAUGGCGAUGGCAAGAUCUCGUUGGCUGAAUUUGCUGAUGCUCUCAAAGUGUUAGGCUUAACUUCCCAAGAUGAAGUUCAGCGUCGAAUGGCUGAGAUUGAUAAAGACGGUGAUGGAUUUAUCACUAUUGAAGAGUUAAUUGAAUUUCAAAAUGGCCAUCCUAACUUGAUGAACGAAAUUAUGAAGAAACUCUAAGUUUUCUUCACUAUAUUCUUACUAUACAUUUUCACUUGUUAUAAACCAUCCUUCUUUUUUUUCAUCUUUAACCUCGUAUUUUUACGAAUUCUUUAGGAGAUGGUUUCUAGCUACGGAAAAUGUGUUUUUUUUGUCUCUAUUAUAAAUAGUAACCCUUUAGAUGGGAGUAAGUUAAAAAUGUUUCUACUUAUCUUGUUGGUUGUUCGUUACUUUCAGUUAUUUACAACUUUUGUUGUAUCUCUUGUAUCCCAUUUAAUAUUAUAAUAUAUGUACUUUUCUUUAUAACUGUUA